ACUCUCAGGCAUGGCUCGGUGCAUCGACAUCAUCAAUCGCUGCGGCAGAAAGUUACCAAUACCAGCUGCAGUCGAUGUGGCAAAAGUGCUGGAACAGCCAGAACCUCAUCCAUCAUCUGCGCUUUCGCGAACGGGGUCCACUGAAGUCGUGGCGUCCGGAAACGAUGGCCGAAGCCAUCUUCAGCGUGCUGAAGGAGGGCCUCUCGUUGUCGCAGGCCGCCCGCAAGUACGACAUCCCGUACCCAACGUUCGUGCUGUACGCGAACCGCGUCCACAACAUGCUCGGCCCGUCGAUCGACGGUGGAACGGAUCUGCGGCCGAAGGGGCGCGGCCGGCCGCAACGCAUCCUGCUCGGUAUCUGGCCGGACGACCACAUCAAGGGCGUCAUCAAGAGUGUCGUCUUCCGCGAUGCCAAAGAAAUGAAGGAGGAACCGCUGAUGUACGGAAGACACUCUCCUUUUCCCUUUCAAGACAACCCCCUGAGCUACGCCUCGAACGCCCCGAACGGUCAGCUGCCAACCGUCGGUACCGGUGCCGGUUCCUCGGUCCCGGACGGCAUGUCACCGGACGCCCUGACGGCCGCAACGGUGGCCGCCGUCCGCCAGCAGAUGUGCAACAUGGUCGCCGCCGCCCAGCACCAUCCCGAUGCGGCCAACCUCGUAGCGGCCGCCUCCGGUUUCAACCUACCGUCCCACUGUGCGACUCCCUCGAGCCUCAGCAUUCAUCCGGCGGCCAAUGCAGCGGCCGCUGUUGCAGCAGCCGCCGCCGCCGCUGCCGCUGCAUCCGGUCCGAGCGGAUCCUCCACCAAUGGCUCGACCGGUCCUGGUGGCAUGUCCAGCAGUAGUAGCAGUGGAUCCAUCCCGAUACCAAAGCUCGGUUCACCGGCCGUCCCGUCAUCGGCCGGUGGUCAUGGCAGCAACACGCUGGUUGGAGGUGGUGGUGGUGGUGCCGGUGGUAUGCAAAUCCCACGCCACGGAUCACCGGCGGGCAAGGAGCAUGAGCUACAGCAACAGCACGGUCGGUCGGUCUGUGGAUCGCCAUUGUCCCGUGGUACUCCACCGAGUGGUGGUCGUUCGGGCGGUGGUAGCGGAGGUGGACGAUCGUUACAUGGUGUAGCGGCCACAUCUUCGGCAACUUCCGCGAUCAAUCAUCUGCAGCAUCAUUCUCACCAAACCGCUCACCAUCACCACCAACACCAUCAUCAGCAUCAUCAUCAACAACAACAACACCAGCAAGGACAGCAUUCACUCCAGCAGCACCAUCCGCAACAUCAUGGACACGCCCUCCAUCAGCAUCAGCAUCCGUUGGCGCAUCUGGUCGGUUCGGCGGUCAGUUCCGCCGGUGGUCUCAGCAUAACGAAGCUCGGCUCACCGGGAUCGGCGCACGAUCUACGCAUCAGCAGCAGUAGUCCCCAGGACGAUCGCAGUCCACUGGCAUCACCGAUCACGAGCGUCGGUGGCAGCGGUGGCGGCGGUGGCGGCGGCGGCGGUGGCGGCGGCGGCGGUCUAGUACUGGAACCGGCCGUAAACCUUGCGCUCGGUGCCGCCGGUCGCCAAACACCCGACGAUGUCCGCAGUCUUGUGCCACCGCCGUACCGCAGUAAACCACCGUCUCGUGGUAGUGGAGGUAGCACCGGCUAUGGUCCUGGUAUGGGUGGUGGUGCUGGUGGUGGCGGCGGCGGCACUUCGCCACCACGGCCGGAACAUCUCUUCCAGGAUCCGGACAUAGCGGCACUCGUCGCACGCGGCUGUCCACCGGCGACGCGCACCGGCACCGGCAACACUACCACCGACAGCAGCUACAAGGAUACGGCGUCCGAUCUGGUUCGGCGUCCACCGCCGGCCACCAUCAAGCUGGAACCGUUGACCGAGUGCCGGGGUGACUAGAGGCACAUCAUCACACUAUCAUGCGGCAACCGCCGUCCGACCCCCAUUAUGCUCAGUUCCAACGAUUCAAACUAUGUGAUAUGUAUCUGAACGCGGCGGCGGUAGAGACGGUGGCCAUUGGCACCAGCUAGCUAGCGGUCCGCGGCAUCCCGGGACCGUUUUCCUACGAAACAACUUCCACUUCCAUCACUUAGCGUAGGCACCUUUAGGCGGGCAGGAGAGGGUGGAUUGAGGGGGCACUGUAACAGUAUUUAUAUUUUUGUUUUCGGCCCCAAAGGUAAAGGCCAAGCACUAGGAUUUUUCGAUGAGAGAGAGAGAGAGAGAGAAAGAGAGAGGGGAAAGGGGAAGAGUGGUGCUGAGUGGCCGCUAAUUGCGACCAACAACAGCAAUAACUACAACGUGCAAUAUGGGGCUUAAGCAGCAAAGGGCCGGUGAGUGAAGGGAAAUGGAAACAGCGCCCGGGAAUCCUUCGUCCUUCGGGCAGCUUCGUCGGUCGUGAAUCGUUCGCGAUAUGGGCGCGCGGAAUACUAACAUUCCAAUCACAAUGGAUACUCCUUUUCCUAAUGUCGACCUUACCUCAAGAUGUCGACCUUACCUUACAGGAUCUAGAUGGGUCAGUCUCCACUUAGCUUGCUGCUUCCGUUCCCGAGUUGAGUCGAAAACCCGAGGAAGAAUUGAGAAAAAAAAACCCCGAAGCGAUCUCCGAAGAUCGACUGCUGCACCGAUACGAAUUGUGUGUCUUUGUGUCAGCAGCAUCCAAUCGGAGGCAACCUAAAACAAACAAACAUUUGUACAAACAAAAGCAAGUAAAAAGAAAACGUUUUAACAAUUCGAUUAAUGAAGGUAAAGAGAGGCCAUCGGUAAACUUCGGAGUGGAAUGAACUAACCAAACUGAAGGGGGAAGGCAUUAAGCAAAGAGGUGGCAGUAGAAUUCGAAACUAAUCUUAUGUAUCGGCACCUUAAUGGGUACUAAAUGGCGGCUGGCGGAAUCGGGGCACGGCUACUUAAGUUGGAGAUUUGGAGAAAGGUUGGCACCAUUCUGGCCCCGAUCGCGAUAAUAUGCACUCCCACAUUCGAGACCGCAUCUCAAGCGGAAUGGAGUGCAAACGGAUUUCACGUGUGUUUUUGAGUUGUUCUGGUUUGUGUCUGGUUUACGUGCGUUUUCGUGUUUGGUUCGGUUUUGAGAAGAAAAACAUCUAUAAUGACCAUUGGAACAAUGGAAGAUGGUGUCGGUACAAGGAAAUCAGUGGAAGUGACACAGAAGGAUACAAAAGAAGAAGUUAAAAGGAAUUAGAGAACAGGAGAAGGCGGAGAUUGAACCAUGAAAACACACUAACGCUAACGCUAAUCACUGUGAAGAUGGACAAGGACUUUUGGGCAGAAUCGAUCUCCUCCCUUUUUGAUACCCUCUUACACCGAAGUACUCCCACGAAGACUCCCGUUAACACGCAUUAAUACAUUCGAAGACAGAGAGAAAAAGAAAGAGAGAGAGGAAGAGAAAGAGAGAGCUAGAGAGCGAAAGAACAACAACAGGGAAACGAAAAGUGAACAAAAAAUACCCUUUCGGCAACUAUUUCAGGAAGUUAUGUUUAGGCAAAUUGAGACGCGAGGGAGAGGCGCGCACGUGCGCGUACGGCGGCGAGUAGAAACAAAAACGGAAGAAACUUUAAACACCCUUUUCGGCCAAUGUGUUCAAAACAAACAAAACAAAACAAAAACGGAUAAAACAAAUUUAAAAGUUAAGAAACGUUGAGAUAAAAACAAAUGCGACAAAAUUUAACAAAAUUUUAUGAGAAAAAUUAAGCAAAAUUAUUACGAGGAAAAUUGUGAAAUCUAUCUAGUAGAAAGCAAACGAGAAACAAAAGGUAAAGAAACCGGGCGAGGCGUAAGAAGAAAGUAUAUUUAAAAUGCGUAACAAGGGUGAGAGUUUAGUGUGAGCAAGAGCUUCAGAGAAAAGAGCAAAAGAAUGGAGAAAAAAGAGAGAAGAUUUUAAAGUGAAAAGUGCCUUCCACUUCCUUUUAUGAAGCGUAACAGAAACAAAAGAAAAAGAAACAUGCACACAACACUACAAUAAACACACUGGACACCUGGAAGCGAAAAACUGACUGGUAUAUACAAACACACACACAGGAACCAGCAGAGGAACACACGCGGUUAACAGGACAAGACAGCAGAGCAGCACGUAGAAAACAAAGCAAAAGGAAAACGAAUCACUGAGAUAGUUGUUAGUUUUAUAGUGAUGAGUGAAUGGGUACAGUAACAAAACUAAAGUGAGGCUAGUUUCGAAACUUUUGGCAAAAUGCUCUAUGCAUCAAAAACGUGUAUGUAAAACCCAAUCCCAAAGUGUACCUAUCUUGAUUUAUGCUGUUGCUGUCGUUUGAUACUGUUUAGUUUGCUGUCCUGGAUGCGGUCAGGAUGAAGCAAUCUUAAAUUGAAAAUUGUAACAACAGGAGAAGCAGAGGAAGAACCCCAAGAAAGCAAUAGUCUGCAUCCAAUAACAAUGGUUCCAUGUGCCGGUCAGUUGUUCGAUAUUCCGCCACUGUGUGGCAGUUUCGGUUCUAAAUUUAUAACAACCGAUCGCCAUCAUAUCAAAAUUACCUUUCGCGAAUGCUUUUCGUUGGCGAGAGAAGUGUGCAGAGGGAAUAAUGCUAUGUGAGGUUGUGUUACAUAAGAAGUACCCCAUCACUAUCUGGUGCCACUCGCUUAGAGGCCAGAUGAUGGAUCAGAGUGAAUGAAAAAACCGGACGAUAAGGCGUAAAUGUAUUGAAGAUUAAUUUGCGAAGCGAAUUAUAGAAUUUCUCUUUUUGUUUGUAAACGAUCGUGAUGAGAUCGAAGCGCACGAGCAGAGCAAGGAUAACAGUGCAAAAAAAUCCCCGAACAGGAACAGGACGAAGCAACAAUCAUGCGUUGUCGUAUACGAGAAACCAAAAAGUAAAAAGUAUAAAAAAUCCUUACAAAUAAAGCCGUCGGAAGGGGGAGACACCACGGACAAGGGAGUACAGGGCCACAGCCGCGCCAGAAAUAACGCAAUAGAGAACUGCUUUUGUGUGAAUCUUUGAAUGGUGAAGCAUAUGAUCUCAAUAUCAGUGACAAACAGUGAGUCCGCAUAUCGCU